AUCAGCUACAGGCUGGGUCAGAGGAGAGCUCUGUUCGGGAAGCGCAAACAACUGAGCGACUACGCGUUGGUCUGUGGGAUGUUUGGCAUCAUUGUCAUGGUCAUCGAGACAGAGCUGUCAAGGGGAUUUUACACCAAGGAAUCCAUGUAUUCAUAUGUUCUAAAAGGCCUGAUCAGCCUUUCUACUGCUAUUCUGCUGGGACUGAUUGUGAUGUACCAUGCAAGGGAAAUCCAGCUCUUCAUGGUGGACAACGGGGCAGACGAUUGGAGGAUAGCAAUGAAUUUUGAGCGACUUGUCUUCAUCGUGUUGGAGCUCCUCAUCUGUGCCAUUCAUCCAAUCCCAGGGAAAUACGUGUUCACCUGGACGACUCGACUGGCCUUCAGCUAUGCAGCAUCAGUGACGUACGCCGACAUAGACAUCAUCCUCUCUGUGCCGAUGUUCCUUCGCCUCUACCUGAUUGGCCGGGUCAUGCUGCUCCACAGCAAGCUGUUCACAGACGCUUCCUCUCGCAGCAUCGGUGCGCUCAAUAAGAUCAACUUUGACACUCGUUUUGUCAUGAAGACCCUGAUGACCAUCUGUCCUGGCACAGUGCUGCUAGUCUUCAGUGUGUCCUGUUGGAUCAUUGCUGCGUGGACAGUGCGUGUUUGUGAAAGCUUUAACAUAAACUGCUUUUACAGACAGGUGUCAUGUUUAAAUAGGUAUCACGAUGCACAGGAAGUAACCAGCACUUUCCUUGGAGCAAUGUGGCUCAUCUCCAUUACCUUCCUGUCCAUUGGCUAUGGGGACAUGGUCCCUCACACCUACUGUGGAAAAGGGGUUUGCCUGUUAACUGGAAUUAUGGGAGCAGGUUGUACAGCCUUAGUCGUGGCUGUUGUCGCAAGAAAAUCAGAACUCACCAGAGCUGAGAAACAUGUCCACAACUUUAUGAUGGAUACCCAAAUCUACAAGAAGAUUAAGAACACAGCAGCAAAUGUGUUGAGAGAGACAUGGCUCAUUUACAAAAACACAAAGCUGGUCAACAAGAUUGACCAUGCCAGAGUACGCCACCAUCAGCGUAAAUUCCUGCAUGCCAUCCACCAACUGCGACGAGUGAAAAUGGAGCAAAGGAAACUAACUGACCAGGCCAAUACAGUUGCUGAUCUUGCAAAGACUCAGAACAUGAUGUAUGAUCUGGUGUCAGAGCUGCAGCAUCGAAGUGGUGAGCUGGACACUAGGAUUGUGGCUCUGGAAGAGAAACUGGACUCCAUCCUUCAAUGUGUCCAGUCGCUGCCCGUUGUGCUUUCUCAAGCAAUAGCAAAGUUACAAAAGGAUUUCCUGGAUGACUUGGCUUGCCGUGUACACUUCCUAUCAUCCUCCCUGAGCUCUGAGUGCUGCUCAGUGCCGGCCAGGCAGCUUUGUCCAGGAUCCACUGCACCGGAGACACCAUACAACUGACUGGCCAUUCCUCAGUGCUUUUCUUCUUAGUGUGCAACUGUUUACAAUGCUGGGAUGGACUUUCUCAACAUGAACUCUGCUACGUGUUUAUGGAGUCAUACACAUUCACUCCUGGGAGUUGCAGCUGCACCACCAGUGCAAGAGGAAGACCAUGUGUAAGGGGACUUUAGAGGAAAAGGAAAAACAUUAUUCCUUCAUUUCCUCUCCCAAAAGUGGGGACUGUGCAGA